AUGGCAACUAAUCGACAGCGACAGUACCAUACCUUUGAGGAUACGGCAACAUUGACCAAUGGUCAUGUCCAGAAUAAUGGGCCUGUCAAUAGACAUGCAAAACCUAAUCGUACGACCAAGAUAUCACAAAAACUCAAACUAUUUCCUGAUAAUGACGAUGCCAGAACGGUGGAAGAGAAUCUAUUUGAUGUUGAUGUGUAUACGCAACUUGCCCAAAUACCUCAUGAUUCAGCACGAUUAGAAGCUGAGCGAUUAAACAAGUUGGAUCGAAACAGUUUAUCUCGAGUUACUGCUUACUGCACAGCUUCAUCAUAUCGAAUGAGUGAAGUAUUGAAAUAUUUGAAACUAAAAAAGAAGACCAACUGCACAAAGCCUAAACGAUUUGAUGAAUGUUUGUAUACGCCAUAUACAUUCCAUCCACCACCACCUCCUUCUAUUCAUAAUAACAACAACAAUAAUCAUAACGCUGUUGUUAAAAUAUUACCAGAGAUGUUCUUGUUUGAUUAUGGUGUGAUUGUCUUUUGGGGGAUGACGCUUGAGGAAGAGGCAAAAAUACUGAAGGAACUUGAACCAUUUGAAGAAGAAAAGCUAGAGAUAAACGAUGUUGAAACAGAAGAGUUUAGGUACUAUUAUACUGAAUAUCAACAACCUCGAAUAUACAAUGACAUUAUCACCUUACGUCACCCGUCAAAUUAUCUUGUCAAGUUGACAAUCUCACAUGCCAUUGCACAAAGUGUUAAAAUGACCUUAUUUGAAAGACUGAUUGAUGAUACCAUUACUGAAACAAAGUAUAUACCUCAAGUCAUGGCUGAGAGUGGUAAUAUCCACAUAACGGCGAUUACCAAAAAGAUUGGUCAGCUAUUUAUCAUGCGAAUCAAUGUCAACCUGGUAUCCAAUAUACUCGAUACACCCGAGAUCUUUUGGUCUGAGCCUGCUCUCGAACCACUCUAUAGUGCGAUUAGAAGUUACUUGGAAAUAUCUCAGCGUGUUGAAUUACUUAAUCAACGUGUGGAAGUGAUUAGUGAUUUACUAGAGAUGCUGAAGGAUCACCUGAACAGCUCGCACGGAGAACACUUGGAAUGGAUCGUCAUCUGGUUGAUUGCUAUGGAAAUUCUGGUUGCUGUUAUCACAACGUCCUUAGAUGCAUAUCAUUUAUACUUUAAUCAAUAA